GAGGAACCUAUGGAACAAAGGAAUAAUGUAACUGAAUUUGUUCUCUUGGGGCUCGCGCAGAGUGUCCAGGGUCAGAGAACAUUAUUUGUUGUCUUCUUGCUCAUCUACCUGGUGACAAUGAUGGGCAACCUACUCAUUGUCCUGACUGUUGUGUUCAGUCCAACACUGCAUGCCCCUAUGUACUUCUUUCUUGGCUACUUAUCAUUUAUGGAUGCUGUUUAUUCAACAACAGUCACUCCAAAUAUGAUUAUAGACUUGCUGUGUGAAAAGAAAACCAUUUCCUUCCAAGCUUGCAUGAUCCAACUUUUCAUAGGGCACUUAUUUGGUGGUGCUGAUAUAAUACUCCUGGUGGUCAUGGCCUAUGACCGCUACGUGGCCAUCUGCAAACCCUUGCAUUAUUUGACCAUCAUGAAUAAGCAGGUUUGUAUUCUGUUGCUGCUACUUACUUUGGUUGGUGGGUUUCUGCAUGGGGUACUUCAUCCUCUCUUUGUUUACAACCUUCGCUACUGUGGCCCCAAUGUCAUUGACCAUUUCAUCUGUGACAUGUACCCCUUGAUAAAACUUGCCUGCACUGACACCUACAUUACUGUCCUCACAGUGCUGGCCAAUGAUGGGGCAAUCGCCUUGGUCAUCUUUACGCUCUUACUCAUCUCAUAUGGGGUCAUUCUGCGCUCCCUAAAAAAUGUUAGUCAGGAAGGGAGGCACAAAGCCUUGUCCACCUGUAGCUCUCACAUCACUGUGGUCGUCCUCUUCUUUGUGCCCUCUAUUUUCAUAUAUGUGAGACCCCCCUGUACCUUACCUAUUGAUAAAUACUUAACUGUGUUUUAUACCAUUAUCACCCCUAUGCUGAACCCUCUAAUCUAUACUCUGAGAAAUGGUGAAAUGAAAAAUGCCAUGAAAAAGCUCUGGAUCAGAAAAAGAAAGUGA